GCGUAAGACACUCGACGACCCUACCCUCUCCAGCAUCCACGAACAACUUAAUUCUACGCCAAAAGAAUACCCAUUUAGUUUCCGAACGUUCAUUCUGUUCGAGGCUUCAGCAACUUCAUUCUUCUCUUGGUUGAAGUCACACCGACUGCGCUCAAUUCACAUCUGCCUGCUCCAUAGCACGGGGAGGCACAACCUGAGGCAUUUUCCUCUGCUAUAGCCUUGGCUGGUGUGCCUCACACUCACCAUGGCUGAUGUUGAGGGUGCUUCCCAUAAGGAGCAGGUACUCGAAGCAUGCCGUAGAGAUAAUGUCGAGCUUUUCCACGAAGUCCUAAAUGAUAUGAAGGAUAAGAGCAAGGAGCAAACAGCAGACUUUUUCAACACCGUCACGGAUACUAUGGGUAAUCAUUUAUUGCAUGUCUGCGCAAAUUAUGGGGCCUAUGAUGUUAUGGACGAGCUAUUGAACAUUGAGUUCCUUGAGUGUGACCCUAUCACGAGGAGAGAUAAAGAGACGCCGAUACACUGCGCUGUCCGAUAUGCGAACGAACGCGAAGUCGAGUUAGGAGAAGCAAUGGCCAAGAUGCUCAUUGAAGCUGGAGGCGAUCCCAGAGUAAAAGAUGGCCAUGGAAGAAAGCCUGCCGAGAUAUGCACACCUAGGACCGAGGAGCUUCGAGGAAUUCUGAUCAAGGAAGAAUACGUACUUCAUGAAGGAUUGAAGAAUGCCGAUGCCCAUCAAGACGAUGACGAUGAUGGUGCAGGGUCAGCCUCGGACUCAGAAUGAGCUUGUACGAUCAUAUUUCACUGGCCAGCUCCUCGCGCUUGGUUGACCGCUAGCAAGCUGGUCUUGUAGAGGUUUGUACCUGGCCGCAGCCGGAGGUCGCUGUCCGCGUCUUCACGAAGCACCCAUUUCUUCCUCUUGCAGCGCAUUGAUUACCAGCGUCCAAAACUCUCUGAAUUCUGGAAAGAGCUGGCGUUUGAGACGUGAAAUGGUAUAAACAGCGCAGUGCGGACUGCUAUUUGGCUGCUCUCACCAAGCGUCCCCUUGAGAGGUAGUUUGGUCUGCAUAGCGCUCGAGAGCAUGCAGAUGAUGUUUAGACGGAAUGAAUACGAUGUGAUGACAAUCCUGGAACGUUUCCAUUCCGGUUUUAUCCAAUCAAUCAGCGGCUUCAGCGAAGACUGCAUCUAUGCUCGAGCGUGAGCCUGGCAUGAAGCCGAGAAAGAUCACACGCACAGCGAACUUUCCAUUUCGCAGCAGACAGGGUCUAGUAGAGCACCGCGGAGACACUUUAAAGGUUUAUACAAGUAUGGCUGAGUCUUCACCACCCACUGAGAACUCGGGCAAGCAUACCCUGAGGUAGUUCUCCUCCGUCCCGAGUACUUUUAUCUCCAUCGUGCUGGGCGGAAGAAGAUCCGCAACAGCCACCGCCACACGCACCACCAGUGGAUCCGAGAUUUUCAAUGCUUUGAUAAUCAAUUUCGAGUCUGCAACAAAGCACGCUGUUUGUGGAGAUCUGAGUACUACUUGUAUUCAUGUCGCUUCUCACCGUAGAGUAUGUAUGUGGUAG